UUCCCCCCCCACCCCCCUCUGGAGAUAAGUCUGAGGUUUGCCUCCAGUCUUUUCCCGGAAGAGGGCUUGACGGUGGCUAAUAUUCCUUUGGGUGUAUCUACAGUAAGAGUUAUCGUGUAACUCACGGAAAAACGAAUUUAGCUUUGUUUGAAAGCCUGAUGAUCGUCAGACGAUCUUGCAGCGAUUGUUUUCUGUUGUUGUCUUGAAACCUCUGUUUAUUGUUAACCACAUGUUUCUUUCCCGUGUGCGAUUGGUACAAGCACGUCACGUGACGCACCCAGAAGUGGAAAGUAACCGACGUUAUUAUUCUCUAGCAAUACCCCUAACGUGCUAAAGGCGAGUUUGCAUUUCAUAAUACUGUAACAAUAACUGGCCGUAUCCUAUAUGAUCAAUUUCCUUCCAUUCUGUUCACAUUUCAGGGCUGCCGUUAUUUGGUAUUGGAGUUUAUGCUCGCAGGGGACCUGCAGAAGGUUUUCGAGAUGCACAAAAAACGGUUCAGCGAAUUGCAAGCGAGAUUCUACAUCGCUGAAAUUAUCUGUGGGUUAGAGUUUCUACACUUGCAAGGAGUGGUCCAUAGAGACUUGAAGCUUCAGAACGUCCUUAUGGAUGAGGAGGGACACCUCAAAAUCGCCGACUUUGGUCUGGCAGUGGAUGACAUGUUGCUGGGAGAGAAAAUCGAAGAAGAUUGGGAAACCGGGACACCUUCAUAUAUGGCGCCUGAGGUAUGUCUAAUCUCAAGCCUCGAAAAUGAAAAAUUAUUGGAAAUUAUAGUGUCUGACUCAGGUCAUCGGGUGAGAAGAGCUAGAAUAUGAACUGUCCCACCUCCUUUUCAAUAUUAGUCGAGUAAGCCUGUACGCGAACUGACGAGCAAACAAGCAAACGAGCACACGAGCAC